AUGUCUUCUAAACGGGUUGCGUUCAAAGUUCAUGGCACCGUACAAGGUGUCGGUUUCCGUGACUUCACGCAGAAAUGCGCUACGGGCUACGGGCUUAUGGGUUGGGCCCGUAACACCACCUGUGGACGGGUCGAAGGUGAAGUCCAGGGCGACGAAGAGACAAUUAAGAAGUUUCUACAACAAAUCGACAAAGGCCCUCGCAUGGCCCAUGUUGUCAAGUUGGAGAAGCGUGAGAUGGCACCACUGGACGGGGAGGAUCACUUCUCGGUGAUGAGGACUACUGAGUCUAGCUUUCACUCGGACGCCUGA